AAAAUCAGUAGCCUUAUAUAUGACCUCCAGUGGUCAUAAUCACUGAUGCUGUGCAAGGCCACAUGCAGUGUCUUCAAGUGGCCACAAGAGGGAAGUAUAGAAACGUUUGAUGAAACCAUUCUGUGUAUGGCGCACAAUGGUAGUAAUAACAUCGGAAACCGUUUUAAAGUAUUGUGUCGCUAUUUUAAAGUCGACCAAGCUUAACUAUACAGUGGUUGGUCAUCAUGAUGAAAUGUCGACGGAAGAGUGGGAGCCGUUACCAUAAGCAACGCCUCGGGUGACAGGAUAGUUUAAACGCACCUGAGUCACGCGCACGGGGAUCAUGUGUGUCCGGUAAACCGUAACCUUCUCCGGUUACGUCAAACUCCGCCGCCUCUCCGCUCAUUACGGUUGUUUACAAAGUGGCGGAUGGCAGCCCAUAACGUCACACCUCGAACAAACUGCAGUGAUCUCUGGAUUAUCCAAACUGGAAUAUAACCUGCGUUACCAUGGAGAUGUACGAGACGCUAGGCAUCAUGGGAGAGGGGAGCUACGGCCGGGUUCUGAAGUGUCGACAGAGGGCCACGGGUCGGCUGGUGGCGGUCAAGAAGUUUAUAGACUCAGACCAUGACCCCGGUGUGAGGAGAACCGCUCAGAGAGAGAUCCACAUACUGAGGGGUCUUCGCCAUGACAACCUGGUGAUGCUAUUGGACGCCUGGCGGUAUCGGCGGCGCUGGUAUCUGGUGUUCGAGUUUGUGGAGCGGACGGUUCUGGAGGACCUGGAGCGGAACCCUGGUGGACUGGAUCCAGGGCUGGCCAAGCAGUACCUCUAUCAGAUCCUGUCUGCCCUCGCCUUCUGUCACCAGAACAACGUCAUCCACCGCGACGUCAAACCGGAGAACAUUCUGGUUUCGCCGGGGGGCGUGGCCAAGCUGUGUGACUUUGGGUUUGCCCGCCGUGUGGCCGCGGCCUCGGGGGGGAGGGGCGGGUACACGGACUAUGUAGCGACACGCUGGUACCGCGCCCCUGAACUCCUGGUGGGAGACUCGCACUAUGGAAAACCAGUAGAUGUGUGGGCGGUGGGAUGUGUGUAUGUAGAGUUGGUGACAGGACAUGCUCUGUUCCCUGGGCACUCUGACCUGGACCAGCUGUACCGGCUGAUACGCUGCUUUGGAUGUUCUACAGAGCGACAGCAGCAGAUGUUCUACAGGAACCCUGCAUUCUCCGGUCUCCGGUUCCCUCACUGUGCCGCCAGAGAGCCUCUUGAUAGCAGGGACCCCAAGAUAAAACACGCCGUACUACAGCUGUUGCAGUUGUGUCUCCAUAUGGACCCAGAACUAAGAGCCCAGAGCUCCGAUCUACUGCACAACCCGAUGUUCACCACUAGGUUUGUGGAGGAGCUCUUGUCUAGGAUCCAGAAAGAGCGGGGAGACUGCUCUGUCCUGCCCGUCAGGAACGUCUCCCGGGGGGAGAGAACGGAGAGAGAGGAGGGCAGGAGGACUGGACUGCACCAGGACCUGGGAAAACGAGAGGAGGUGGAAGAAGGGGACGAGAAGGUGAGGGUCAAACUGAAAAACAGGCUGAAUCAAAAACCCAGUAGACCCAGUCUAGAAGGAGAAGGGCUACUGGCCCCACCUUCAGGACCCGAACCGAGGGCACCACGGCCAGGAGAGAAGGCUGGUAAGGGACUAUCUACACCCAGAGCAGGCGGGUCCAGGAAGAAUUUGGUCCUCUCCAAGCCAAUAAAAGCUCUGGUGUCGAGGGUUUGUUCUUUACCCUCCAUCUACAAGACCAGGAGAACCUGUGUCACACAUAGGAAACAGAAUUCUACACACAACAGACUGUUGGCAAUGCCAGCCAAAGACAGUUUGGAGUACCUCGCGACAACAGGCCGUUUAAAACCUCUGAGAUCUGCAGAGUUUGAAACAAUCCAGGAGCCAGAUGUUGCUUCAUCUCUGAAAUUUUCCCAAACAUCAAGAGACAGCGAGGUCGAAGCUAUGAAGGUUGAUCUCUAUUUAAAGCCAAGCAGAAAAGCUCCUACAGAGACAAGAGGACAGCCACCUUCCUCUGCUGCUUACGUUCUAACCUCCGUCACCCCUUGCGCUACAAAGACCCCUGGGGGCCGGGUGGUUCUGAAGCACUUCAUACUGGGCUCCACCUGUCCUCUAGAGACUCACACCUCCAUGGACCCUACCUCCUCAGAGAGUCCUAAGACCUCUCGCUCAUCCUCCUUGAAGACUCCAGCAAGUCCCGAGACCUCUUCGUCAUCCUCCCCGAAGGCUUCAGAAGGCCCUGAGACCUCAUCUACCCUGAAGUUUAGAGUAGGUCUAGAGACUGCAUCCUCCCUGAAGUCUCCACAAGGUCUAGAGACCGCAUCCUCCCUGAAGGCUCCAGAAGGACCUAAGACCUCAUUCUCCCUGAAGGCUCCAGAAGGACCUAAGACCUCAUUCUCCCUGAAGGCUCCAGAAGGACCUAAGACCUCAUCCUCCCUGAAGGCUCCAGAAGGACCUAAGACCUCAUUCUCCCUGAAGGCUCCAGAAGGACCUGACAGCUCAUUCUUCCCGAGGCUCCAGAAGGGUCCUAAGUACACAGUACCCCUGCAGGAACCAUGACAUGAUGGACAUGAUGGACAUUCUUUCCAGAAACCUCUGGUGCAUUUCCAGCAGGGAUCUGACGACUGUCACUGUAUUUGCACUACCACAAAUUCAAAAUGUACUUUCUGCUGGGUUUAUAGACCAGUGAGGAAACUGGUUUGAAACAUAGAUUAAGUUUAUUACGUUUUUUUUAAAAUAUUUUUUAGGUUGGUUCUUUCUGGGAACAAUACAUGCAUUGUUGACUUUUUUUUAUUUUAAGUGCUUAAAUCAUACAAAACCAUGAAAAGAUUGUUUUUAUGCAUUUUAUCCUUGUGAAUUAACAAAUUCUUAAGAAAGGUUACUUUCUGCUUUGGCAUUUCUGAUUAUCACCAGAGUAGCAGAGUGAAAGAACCCUAUAACAUUUCAUGUACCCUGCAUAAUACUAUAAUAAUAAUUAACUGUUGUAGGUACUGAAACAGAAAAUUAAAUGAACCAAGACUGAAAAACGAGCCUGAACAAAGACCAAAAGUAGCCAAAACAAGACAAAAAAAUGAACUAAACAAGACUUAAAAGUUUAAAACAAACCUAACCAAUAGUGAAAACGACCUU